AAAACUGUCAAAAUUAGUUUAGCACGUAAGAGCAGGAAAUGUUAAAAUAACACGAAACUCAAUUAAAAUACAAACAAAACUCAAAUUAUAAAAAUAGAAAAACUAGCAACGAUCUAUGUACCAUAUUUGUUUUCUUAUUGAUAUAACUUUGUAAUAAUAAAUCGCGAACAUGAGUGUUAAUUAAAGUGACGUUUAUUAAAUAACAAAACGAGUAGAAUGACCAGUGUUUUUUUUAUUCUCUCGUUUAGUAUUAAUAUAAACUAACAUGUUUCGGAGUCGAAGUUGGUUCGGCGCGUCUUGGGGAAGGCCUAAAAAUCCCCAUUCUUUGGAGAGGUUAAAAUAUCUUCACAACAUUCUGUCUAAAAACACAACCGUAUCUGAAAGUAAUCGUGGUACCCUCGUGGAAUCCUUAAGGUGUAUUGCAGAAAUUUUGAUAUGGGGUGACCAGAAUGACAGCUCUGUGUUCGACUUCUUUCUAGAGAAGAAUAUGCUCUCCUAUUUCCUUAAGAUAAUGAGACAAAAAUGUGGAGGAUCUUCAUAUGUCUGUGUCCAGUUACUGCAGACAUUAAAUAUUUUAUUUGAAAACAUUAGAAAUGAAACUUCUUUAUAUUACUUGCUAAGCAACAACCAUGUUAAUUCAAUAAUAGUUCACAAGUUUGAUAUAUCAGAUGAAGAAGUUAUGGCAUAUUAUAUUUCUUUCCUGAAGACCCUAAGCCUUAAAUUGAAUAAUCACACCAUACACUUCUUUUAUAAUGAGCAUACAAAAGAUUUCCCAUUGUACACCGAGGCAAUUAAGUUUUUCAAUCACCCUGAAUCAAUGGUUCGAAUUGCGGUGCGUACUCUUACGUUGAAUGUAUACAGGGUGCAGGAUGCCAGUAUGCUUCGGUUUAUAAGGGAUCGGACAGCAGCACCUUAUUUUAGCAACUUAGUUUGGUUUAUAGGAAAGCAUAUACUGGAAUUAGAUGCAUGUGUCAGAAACGAUGCUGAUCAUCAAUCUCAACAGAAAUUAGACGAUUUAGUUGCGGAACAUUUGGAUCAUCUACAUUAUAUAAAUGAUAUUUUAUGUCUAAACAUUCCUGAUCUCAAUGACGUUUUGACCGAACAUUUGUUACACAAAUUACUUAUACCUUUAUACAUUUAUUCUUUAACAUCUGAACCUAAUAAAAGACCUGUUUCCUCUUCACCUUAUAAUAGAGAUCAUAUUCAAAGUAUAGAAGUUAUUACAAGGAAUUUAGAAGCUAUUUUAAAAGGCAAAAACACUGAUACACCAACAAGAAUGAACUAUCCCAUACAAAGAAUAGAAUCGGAAGAGGAAACUAAACCUUCAGUAUCGUGUGUUGUCGCUUUAUUUUUACUAUCUCAAGUAUUUUUAAUUAUAACACACGGACCAAUAGUUCAUGCUCUAGCAUGGAUAAUACUGCAAUCAGAUUUAUCAGUAUUCGAAGAAGGUGCAACUAAAAUACUAGAAAUGUAUCUAAGUAAAGCAAAAACUAAUGUCAAAUUGGAAUUCUCAAAACCACAAUUAAGUUUGGAGAAAGCUCUAGAAACAUCCGGACAAGAAAGAGAUUAUACAACACCUGAGUACAGUGGUGCAAAAGGUUUCGGUUACGACACAGAUCAUUCCAGUUGUGACCUUGAUCCGGAACUUGUGUCGACUUCCCUACCUUCUACAUCACAUAUUAGUGAAACUUCAAGUAUAGCUCACGAUUCGACCGAAGAUCUAGUGACUCAAAUACAGUCUAUAAAAACUUCGAUAGUAUCAGCACAGAAUAUGCCAGAUUCUCCAUUACCGGAUUCCGGUAUCGAUUCUAGUUCAUCCAAAACAUUGUCAGAUUUAAAUAAUAUAACCGAUGAAGAGAAACAGAAAUUACUAGCUGUGAUGCCGAGUACAUCAACUGAGAAGAAUUUAAAUAUAGAAAAUGUAUUAGAGAAAGAAACUAUAGAAGUAGAUAAAAGGCCCUUCUUGAAGACGGUUCUAGAAUCUUUAGAUUGCAGUGAAAACGAUUAUAAAGCGUUAUUCGCUUUAUGUCUAUUAUUUGCUUUAAUAAAUAACAAAGGAGUGAAUACAGAGCUUCUGGAUACAUUAUUGUGCCCUGAAGUAGAAGAUACAUCAAGAAAUUCAACCACAAGUAUUAGAGAGGAAGGUACAGAAGAUGCAAGUGAACAGAGGGAGACUCCAGUGCGAACCAAGCGACCUCUACAAAGUUUCAAUGCACUACUAAUAAAUAAAUUGAUGGCUAUUGCUAACCUCAGUUGUAAACCAGGUAAGAUAUAUCAGAGAAAAACAAACACGUCGGCGACAAGUCGGUAUAUAUGGUUAUACAGCAGUAUAUCCCGGAGCAGCAGCGCGCAGGCGUCGCGCGAGGGCUCGCCGCGGCCGCGCGCGGAGGACAUCCCGCUGGAGGACAUCAGGAGGAACGCCGCUCCUCUCACUACGCAGAGUCAACCGAGUACAUCAAGUCAAAGUAUGAAAGUGGUGACGUCAUCUGAAGAGACUUCCUUCAUCUCCGGCGAGACGCGAUACAAGAGGAAAGGAAUCGUCGAAACCAUAUGAUAUUAGCCUUUAAUACCACGUGAUAAGGUAGGAAAUGCAAUGUUUUACAGAUAGCACGAGUUCGUUCUUCGUGAAUAGAAUUUGUUACUAGACUGUCUAUCCUGAAAUGGUAUAGCGUAUGUGACCAGUUAUGUAUAUGAAAGUUAUUUAUGUUAGGUUGUCGCAUUUGAUGUGAAAUGCUUAAAAAAAUGAGAUAAAAUUAAGUUUUUUUUUUAAAUGUAGCGUUUGUCUGAUGAUCUUUUUCAUGUUAAGGCCAGUCCUAAGUGGAAAAAAUAACAUAGUGACCAUUAUUUUAAUUUUAAUGAAAACGUAAAAUCGCUUAUUAUCUUCCUACUUUUUAUAUAUAUAUUUUUUUUGAAAAAAAUCAGUAACCAUAGAAAACUUCCUACUUAAAUAGUAAAGACAAAAAAUAUCCUAUUUUUAAGAUCUUUUUGUUGCUUUAUAGAAGGAAUUUUUCCAAUGUAUGACAAUUCUAAUUAAAUUAUAUUUGGAUCGUGAAAAUGCUAAAUAAAAUUGGAAAAAAAAACCGAAAAAAUGAUACUGAAGUUCAAAUUUGAUUGGUCCAUAUAAACAUAUCGUGAAAAUUAAAGCAUACAUAACCAUAAGAAAAAAAAGGCAUACAAAUAUUUUUUUUUAUUUUUUUCGUAGUAUGCAUCACAUUAUUUGUAUGUCAAUAAAAAAACUGAUGUUAUAAACGACAUUUUUAUUUAAAAAGUUGCAAAAAAGACUUUUCUAAAUUUUCUAAACUAACUAUUGUGAUAUUUUUUUUCUUGUAUAUUUGUUCUUAGUAUUUGGUUUAUGCCUUUUAUAAUUAUUUAAUCUUUCACUUAUGAAAAUGCUACGUUUGUUUAAACUUUUUCCUAUAUUUUUUACCUAUUUAUCAAUAUUUUGUCCAAUAUCUCUUUUAAUCACCGUCCUUUAUUUUUUUAGAUAUCGGAUUAAAACCGAUUAAAAUAAAUACUAUUUUAGAUUAAAAUUUGCGUUGUAAAUUUUUUAAUCACAAAUUUUGUAUCAUACACUCUAAAUAUUGUAAAAAAAUUCACGGUAUGAUUACGUACUUCCAUCUAGAAAAUAGUGUGUCAAAUAGUAAAAAAAAAAACUAGUUUACUAUUAACAAACAUUUAUUUACUCUUUGACACUGUUAAGUGACUUUUGUUUGUCAAAGAUUACGAAUCGAAAUGAAACGUUCGGAAAUUUGACAAUGUCGGUAAAACAGUUUUUAUUUCAUACUGUUUUAUCGUCAUAGUCAUUCAAUAUUGUAAGCAAAAAAAAUAACAUCAGUAUAAUGUUUCUUUUUGGUCUUAAAUAAAUAUUAAAUAAAUGAAUAAUACUUAAAAAAUAGUCUAUUGACGAAUUCUAGGUAAAACUUAUUGACACUGACAGUUAUAGAUUAUAUUUAAUAUAUAUGUUCAUGAACACCAUUGGUUUUAUGUUGUGAUUUUAUUUAAGGUAUGCAAUAAUUGUACAUAGACAUUUAUGUUUACAAAUAAAAUGUUGUAGCGUUGAA